AUGGCUUGUGCCAACGCCGCUGGUACCCACAAAUUACCGCUUGUUGUCAUUGGAAAAUCAAAGAAUCCUCGUUGUUUCAAACACGUCAACAUGAACAAUCUCCCAAUCCGAUAUUUUAACCAAACAAGAGCAUGGAUGAGUGGGGUAAUAUUUUAUAGUUGGUUUCAUGGUGAAUUUGUCCCUGGCGUGAAACGUCACCUUCGACAGCAACACCUACCGGAGCGAGCGUUACAACUUUUGGACAACGCUCCGUCCCACCCCGAUGUUACGGAAUUACGUAGCGACGAUGGAGCGAUCAAGUGUUUAUUUAUGCCACCGAACACAAUGCCGUUACUCCAACCCAUGGAUCAAGGAGUUUUAAAUGCCACAAAGCGUCGCUACAAAGGGAAGAUGCUAAGAAAAGUUAUCACGGAAAAUGCAGUCGAUGAGCAUGAAAAAACACUCACCGACUGUAUUAAAUCUGUGAACUUGAAAGACGCAUGUUAUAUGAUCGGGGAAGCGUGGGCCGAAAUUUCUGAAGUUUCACUGAAGAAUGCAUGGCAUAAAUUGAAAAUCAAUUUGAAGGAUUCCGACGCCGUAGCUUUCACUGAAGUCGCUGAUGAAAUCGACCUGCCAGACAUUGCAUCUCAACUAGGCCCUGAGGACCGCAAUGCUGCCAUAGAAUGGAUGGAAACGGAAGAAGACGACCCAGGUUUCCAAGUGAUCAGUGAUGCAGAAAUUAUUCAUUCUGUCCAGCAAUCAACGACACAUGUAGAAGAGAACCAACAGGAAGAUGGAUACAACAGUGACAAGGAAAAUGAGCCAUGUGUUCGUGUACCAACUGACAGCGAAGCAGCCGACAUGUUGUCAAAAUGUGUGUUAUGGCUGGAAGCACAACCAGACUGCGAGUCAACGCAACUUCUGUUAUUGCGUGGGAUACACAAAAAG